AUGAUCCACAAAAGUUACCCCAGGAACUUCCCUAAGGAGCCGGGGGAAGCCUGCUGUACGGACCAAGUGCUCUACGACAUCCUGGUCAUCAAGGAGAAAGAAGUUCAGAUGUUCCCUGUUCUGAUUUGUCCUCAGGGUAAUCGGGGUGUAACGGAUGUCGUGCAAAGAGCAGCAAGUGACAUCCUGGUCUCCCUGGCCCGCUCUCACUUCCUACAAGUCAUGGAAGAGCUACAGCGUCAUCUGAAGCCUGUGGAGGAUAUCCCUCAGGAAUUUGUUUUUAUAACCCUCAGCAAACUGGCCACGAGCUAUGCACUGAGCUGCAUCCCGUUUCUGGAAAUGACCUGGAAUGUCAUGUACACCAUGCUGGGGCGAGUACAGAGCAGCAGGAUGAAGCAAGCCUUCUGUGCUGUUCUGGAAACGUGGUCGAAAGGGGUGACUGUUUACUUCCAAGACUGGGCAAAGUGCUCCUUCCCUCGAAUAGGGGAAGCCCAGCUUUGUGAGAAGACAUACCCUUUCUUCUGCUACGUGGUCAGAAACUGGCUGGACUGUGAAGAGAAGGAGCUCAAGGAGGACAUCAUCAGGGCUGUGGCAGCUAUGAUGGGCCUCCUCCUUCAUCAGGAAGAGUAUCAAGGGCAUGUGUGCGACCAGCUCUCCUGGCUCUUGGACCAGUAUGAAGAGGUCCAAGAUGGUUUUCACGUGACCAAGCGUCUCAGGCAUUUCUUGGAAGCUGUGGAGAAAACUGAGCCCUUUAUCCCCAGGGAAAGAGUUUUUAUCAUCUGCAUUGUUGUGCACAACCAGCUCUCGGAUGUGACCAAGAAGCACCGCAUUGGCCAUAAAACAGAGCUGUGCCACUGCAUGCUGCUACUAGCCCGAAGCUUCCCUGAGGAGACCAUGGAGUUUCUGUACUCACAACUGGAGGCUGAGAACGAGGCUUCUAGAAUAGCAGCCCUGUCUCUGCUGAGAUUCUUUGUUCAUUGUGACCCAAUGGCGAUAAGAAAGAACAUGUUCCUGGUUGUCAAGGCAGUGGAAACUGUCUUUGGAGACCACCGGAGUAAGGUGAAGGUGGCUGUUCUUGGUUUCAUCAAGGAACUGUUCAGCUCUGGUGUCGAGAACUGUUCGGCCUGGGGUCUGGUGGCCUAUGUUUUCAGGGAGUUCAGUCGGGCCACCAGCAGACUGGAGACAGGAAACCUCUCUGAGAGGGAAGCAGUGGCAGAGACCGCGCUUCAAACUCUCUGCUUACAUGUCCUCGACACCCUGGACGUCUCAGCAAGCGGCAUGACAAGACUCCUAUGGCCAAGGCUCCUCCAGUUCGUAGUGCCAGCUCAGUACACUGGCACUCUGGUCCCACUCUCCCGCUGCCUCAGGGAGCUCGUGGAGAGACAGGAGAGAGCAGAAGAGAAGGAGGAACCCAAUUACCUGUGCUACCAAGAACGCGCCAAACUGCCAACUCCCCAGGCUCUGCUGGUACGUCUCCUGGUGCUUGCUUGCUCUCCUUAUGAAGGAGGUGGCCAUGGAGCUGUUGCCCUGCAGCUGCUGAAGACCCUUCACAGGGCAAUUCACAGAGCGGUGGGGAUUCCCUGGAUGGCCCAGAUCCCUUCCUUGCUGCAGUACCUUGAAGUUCCAGGGAGCUGGAACUGA